GAGCAGAGGGAAAGGUAUCAUCAGCAGCAGCAGCAGUGCAGCAUAAAGGCAAAAAGAACGGAGAAGGUGUGGUGAGAGAGCAAGAGAGAGAGUCAGAGAGAGAAGAGAGGCUGAGGUUUGAAGAAGACUGAAGCCUUUGCCACAUACAAGAUCACAAGCUCAUCACUCAACUGGACAUAACCUUGACCAUCCUCGUCUACUGCUGGUGCUGCCACUGCCACAAACUAAAGCCAAUACUGUGUGUAUGUGUGUGUGAGGGUGCUCUCAGGCAUUGCUAUGAGAUUCAGAGAGCCGCAUCAUUAUCCGUGUGUUCUUGCAUGCGUGUUCCUUUAGCGUUCUGCUCAACUAAUGGGAAAGAGAGCCUGCAGUGACCGUCAAGUGAGUGAGUGUGUGUGAGCUUGAGUUCAGUGCGCACGUGGAGGAAAGGGUUGAAAAAGCUUAGAUCGGUGUAGAGAGUGUGCAUCUGUAGCACAGGGUACAAUGCAGGAGCAAGCAGAGCGUCCUACACCCUGAGAGAGAUAAAACAGUGAAGGUAGACAGUGUGUGUGUGUGAGACUGAGAGAUGCAGUCUCUGUGCCUCAGCAUCAUCAGAUUUUCUGCUGCAGAUGCUACACUAGCUCAUCUCCGCACUAGAGCGCUACCGUGACACACACACACACACACACACACACGCUCAGACGCACACAGCUGCGGCUUUCAAGAGAAGCCCCAAGAACCCCAUCAAAGAUCAACAGAGGGACACUGGAAGAGUUGCCGAGGGCAGAGGUUGUGACAGCUCAGGCUGAAGGUCAGAGGAGGAGUGAGAGCCAUAAGCGCGGCAUCAUGGGCGAGUGGACUAUAUUGGAGAGAUUGCUGGAGGCUGCGGUGCAGCAGCACUCUACUAUGAUCGGCAGGAUCCUGCUGACAGUGGUGGUGAUAUUCCGGAUCCUGAUCGUGGGUAUAGUGGGAGAAAAGGUGUAUGAGGAUGAACAGAUUAUGUUUAUAUGUAACACACUGCAACCGGGUUGCAACCAGGCCUGCUAUGAUAAAGCCUUCCCCAUAUCCCAUAUCCGUUACUGGGUUUUCCAGAUCAUCUUGGUGUGUACACCCAGCCUCUGUUUUAUCACUUACUCAGUGCACCAGUCUGCCAAGCACAAAGAUCUCAGUUACACCCUCCUGCACGGCCCGUACAUCAACCACGGACACGGGCCGAGCCGCAAGCUCCGCAACAUCAACGGCAUCCUGGUGCACCCAGAAAGCAAAGAUGAGCGCGACUGUCUGGAUUUGAAAGACAUUCCAAACAUUCCGCCAGGGGCCACAUACUCCAAAAGUGCCAAGAUGCGUCAGCAGGAGGGCAUCUCCCGUUUCUAUGUCAUACAAGUGGUGUUCCGGAAUGUUCUGGAAAUCGGCUUUCUUGCCGGUCAGUACUUUCUGUAUGGAUUCAAUGUUCCCGCCAUGUUUGAGUGUGACCGCUACCCUUGCGUGAAGGAGGUUGAAUGCUACGUGUCACGUCCCACGGAGAAGACAGUUUUCCUGGUGUUCAUGUUCGCAGUUAGUGGGCUCUGUGUGGUACUAAAUUUGGCUGAGGUCAACCAUCUGGGCUGGCGGAAGAUUAAGACGGCCAUCCGUGGCGUCCAGGCUCGCAGAAAGUCCAUUUGUGAGAUCCGGAAAAAGGAUGUGUCCCACAUUUCCUCAGUGCCCAACCUGGGCCGCACCCAGUCUAGCGAAUCAGCCUAUGUCUGACAGCGAAUAGGGGAGGGGCUUAGACGAGGUUGGGAGUGGCUGAUGAGGCGACGGCCACGCCCUGUGCUGCAGACUUGACACUGCGUAUUUUCUGCAUAGUUUGGACAAGUGAGAGAGGGGUAGGGUGAAAACAAAAAAAAGCAAACAGAUGAGGGAGGACUGGAGUAAAUCAGAUUUGGCCUUCUAAACCUCAUUGAGAAUAAAACUGCUUUUUCAGACUUUAAUGGUGAGCGCUGGGGAACAGAAUGGGACUCAUACUUAUAGGGAUAGUUCACCCAAAAAUUUAAAUUUUAUGUUUAUCUGCUUAACCCCAGGGCAUCCAAGAUGUAGAUGACUUUGUUUCUUCAGAAUGAAUUCUUCUAAAUUCAUUACAGCCAGCCAUCUCUCAAAUGGAUCAUUGACACUCUUAUCUAUAAUCUCAAUUAGGAGUGUCAUGAUUCAUUUGAGAGAUGGCUGGCAGUAAUGAACUUAUAAGUCUGUGAUCCUCCAUAAAGCAAGAAGAAGAAGACACAUCACGCACCAGCUGUUAAGAAUGCGCUCAGGCCAGUUCGGAUAUUGGGUGAAUUGAGGUAAAAAACGAUAUAAAUAAUGUUAAAUUUCUUGCACAGGCCGAUCAUUUUGUGCCACAGGGUUUAAUUUGGUUUUGUUUGCGUUUGUUUUUUUGACUUUCAAAGCCGUGAAUCCCAUUCACUUCCAUCAUAUGACUGACAGAUUGCAAACAAAAAUCUUUGUUUGUGUUCUGAAGAAGUUCUGAAGAAACAAAGUGACAUACAUCUUGGAUGCCCUGGGGGUAAGCAGAUAAACAUCAAAUUUUCAUUUGUGGGUGAACUAUCCCUUUAAUAGACAAAAACAUAUACACCACACACACUCACACACAUAUUCAUAUUCCUGAGCCUCGCUUAACAACAAUAGUCUUCCAACCGAAAAAGAGACAUUUAAGGAAAAAAAACUGAUUUGAGUUGCUUGAUGUCAAAAGAGAUUGAAAGAUGGAGGGAUAAAGCUAGAUAGCAGCUCAGUAUGUGACUCAGAAACAUUGUAAAAUAUGAAAAAUGUUCUCCAGGGUCAAUGCUGAGACAUCCUUCAUAUUUUGAACAACCAGAAAGAGAAAAAAAGGAGGACAAACAAAAGAGUAUAAAACUGUACCUCAGCACAGACUCCUCUACGCCUCUCCCCCACUAACUCUCUUUAGUUUUCUCUGUCUCUUUCUGCAUAGUUUUAUAGAUGUAGCUAUUAAGUAUACAAGGCAAGAAGAGAAAAUGAACAUUCAUCUUAUGAUAAACCACCCCCACGUUUGCUGUUGGGCCAUAAGAGACUGUAUCCUUGUGCAAAAAUCAACAUUGAAAACACCACCGUCCCCAGUACAAAUCCCGGAAUUUUUCUGUCCCCCCAUUACUGUAUAUAUCUUAGAAUAUCGAUAUUGCAGCAUCCAUGUAUUUCACACACCGAAGUGUAGCUUUUGCCAUUAUUUAAAAAGAAGUACACACUGAUUGCCAAAAAGAAAAAGAAAAAAUAUUGUUUAUCUGCAUUUGUUCUGUAAUGGACAGGAAAAAAUGUGAUUUUAUACCAUGGGCAUUUUCAGGCUAUGGCAUGUUAUGAAGCAUCAUUAGAAUGGCUAGAUAGUGUUAAGAGCUGUGUAUAGAAUCAGACUGUUUCUUUUUUGCACCCAGUAUUUUUGAGGUGUAUUCUGAAGCAUGCGGGAGGAGAUCUAUAGCUCUAUGGGAAUGGCAGAUAGAGUCUAUACUGAGUAAGGCUCCAAUGCAGCAAUAAUAUAUAAAGAUAUAUAUAAAUUAUACAUAAAUAUAUGUCAUAAAAAUAAAUGAAUAAACUAUUAAAGAAAUAAAUGAAAUAUAAUGGUGUGAA